AUGGCGUACCCCAUUCUUCCUACAGCCUCAGCGACACCGCAAAGACCUUUACCUGGGGCUUUCUUGCAAACUCCUGCUGUCCGAGCGACAACGACUCAGCAGCCAGCUCAGCCUGUGAUACCCACUACCCAGCAGACGGCCACUAUCCCCACAGCAUCAGCAGCGACAAUCCAAAAACCCACCUUGACCACCGAGGAACGCGGCGCGCAGACUAUCCGAAACACAUUGGCUCAAGAAUCGCGAUAUCCUGAUCUUGACAGCCUCCUCUCGCAAGGAUUCUCCUCCGAGUAUGACAUGCCUUCCGAAACCGCAGCGGCGUGGAUGCCGUUCCAGAAAGGCAAAACGUACAGCAUUCCCGACCAGAUAUUUGAUCAGUAUGAUCAUGCGCAAGUACAAACUAGCAUGGGAUUAUUUGCGGAGCUGAAUCACGCAUGGGUGUCCAUAGACAACGCGUUGUAUCUGUGGGAUUUUACCCACCCAAAUCCCCAAUUGGUGGGAUUUGAAGACCAACCCAACACUAUCAAUACUGUGAAACUAGUCAAGCCACGUGCUGGGGUGUUCCUACCUGCUAUCACCCAUCUGCUGGUUGUCGCGACCACGGCCGAUAUCAUCAUUCUCGGGAUGGGCGUCGAGACUACUCCUUCUGGCUCACCACAAAUCGAAUUGUACCGUACAGGAAUGACAGUCCCGGUCAAGGGCCUGGACGUCCAAGUCAUUACAUCGUCUGAUUCAACCGGUCGCAUUUUCUUCGGUGGCUAUUAUGACAAUCAUGUCCACGAGUUGACAUAUCAAACGGAGGAGCGAUGGUUCCAAGGCCGAUGUGGAAAAGUUAACCACACCAGCUCCCGCUUCUCUGCUUUUGCGCCCUCGCUCAGCUUCACCAACCUAUCUGCUCACGCCACCGAGCAUGUUGAGCAAAUGGUGGUAGACGACAGCCGCAAGCUGUUGUACACCUUGUCAUCUAUUUCUUCCAUUCGGCAUGCUGUCGAUAUCUAUUCAAAUAUCGGCCACAUCAUUGCAUCUAAUGAAACUUUGAAUCAUCGUGUGAAAAUCAUUUCGAUCAGUCCCGUGCCUGCAGCUGAAGCUUCUCGCUAUCAUUUGGUUGCAACCACCGCCACUGGCUACCGCAUCUAUCUGAGUGCUACUGGUUCUUACAGCUGGUCUCCUGCGCCCUUAGGCACAAAUGCCCCGACGAGCAUGCAAGCCCAGCACGUCAAGACCCCGCCCUUGAUGAAUCCUCCCAGUUUUGGGCCAAAUGUCCCGCCCCCAACCGAUAGAUCUGCUGUGCAUUUCUUGAACCCAACACACAUGGCCACUCGUUUCCCUCCCGGCUACUUCUUUUGUUUCUUCUGUCAGGACCCUUCGCAGAAAGAAGACAAAGUGUUUCUUUCAGCCCCCAACCCGGGUCGAAUCGUCAAGUCCCAAGAGAACGUGAUAUCUAACAAAACAGCCGAGACUGGAAUGGUGCUGCGAUUGGGAUCUCGCGUUCAAGACUACGGCCUUUGUUCGGGUCCCGUGGCAGAUUCCCCUGGUUUUGGCAACGAAUUGGCCAUUCAAUUCGACCAACCUUCUGCUGAAAUCGCCAUUCUCACCAAUACGGGUAUUCAAAUGAUCCGUCGGCGCCGUCUUGUGGAUAUUUUCGCAGAACUUGUUCGUGGAGGGUCUGCUGGCGAAGAAGGUUUGGACGGAGAGGUGAAAAAUCUGAUCCGUACCUACGGCCGGCCCGAGACUUUGACUACUGCGCUUACAGUUGCCUGUGGACAGGGCGUUGAGGUGGCCUCCGAUCACCGUCUGACGCCUAUUAACGACCCUGAUAUCCUGGAGUUUGCGCGCAAGGUGUUCACUCGAUAUGGCGGACGGCCCAAAGCAAGCGAUGAUAUUGUGGCGGACAACCUCAAUGCUAUUGACGCCGUGGAUCCCUCUCCUCGACACACCAGUAUUGCGCUCUAUAUCUCCCGCCACCUGCGUUCGAUCUGGAACAAGCAGAUCGUCAACGUUGGCACAGCACCCACAGGUCCAACCGCCACGGUUACGGUCCCUGCUGCUAAAUUGCAGAGCAUUCAGCAAGCCCUCUCGGCCUUGAAAGAAUUCUUCCACGCCAACAAGUCUUUCAUCUCCGGUCUCAGUGGUCCUGAAGCGCUUAGCCGAGUUUCCACCAAGUCGGAAGAAAUUGCAUUGCAAGCUGAGCAUCGUGCGCUUCACUCUCUUGUCCAGCUUGUCUCUCAUACCAUUGAAGGUAUCUCGUUCGUAUUGGUCCUUGCUGAGGAGCGAUUGGAAGAGAUUAUUGCUACCCUCCCCGCGGAGUCAAAACAAAAAUUCUUGAACCUGACUUUCGCUGAGCUGUUCAGCACCGGGAACGGCCAUGACAUCGCCAAGGAGCUGGUCAAAGGUGUGGUGAGCUGCAACAUCGCUCGUGGCUCUAACGUCGAAACGGUUGCGCAGGCGCUGCGCCGUCGAUGCGGCAGCUUCUGUAGUCCUGAGGACGUCGUGAUCUUCCGGGCGCAGGAGCAGCUCAAGCGUGCUACGGAGGCCGGUGCCAAUACUGAGCUGGGCCGAAACCUUUUAAACGAAAGCUUGGCGUUGUUUAUGCAGGUAGCAGACUCGCUCCCGAUGGAUUACUUGGUUGCAGCAGUCGACAGUUACAUCGGUAACCAGUUCUUCGCAGGAGCAAUCCAAUUAUCUCUUAAUGUAGCAGGUCACUCGGAUAAAGCAAACAAGGCUCUUUCCUGGAUUAUGGAUGGCCGCCCCGAACAGGACCCCCGCAAGGCCCACUUCGAUUUCCGUAAGCAGUGCUACGAUCUAGUGAGCAAGGUUGUGGUCGCUGUCGAUGCGCUGGCCGGCUCGGACCCGGGCAUGAUCGAUGGCCAACCGACUGUGAUCGCCAAGCGUCAACUUGAGGCGUACACGGUCAUUUCUCAGUCUACCGAUGAGGUGUUCCUGACCAGUCUCUACGAUUGGUACCUUGAGGAAGGCUGGAGCGAGCGCUUGCUGCAGACGCAAUCGCCCUUUGUCGUUACGUACCUGGAACGCAAGUCGAAUGACAAUAUCGCCCACGCCGAUCUGCUCUGGCGGUUCUUUGCACAGUCACAGCGGUUCUUCGAUGCGGCCAAGGUGCAGUAUCAGCUUGCCCAGAGUGCAUUCAACCUUGGGCUCAGCCCGCGUAUUGAGUACCUGGGGCGCGCCCGGGCCAACGCCUCGAUCUACACACCGGACGUGGGCCGCCAGGCUCGCCAGCGCUUACUACAAGAAAUUUCCGCCCUUAUCGACGUGGCCAACGUGCAAGAUGAUAUUUACCAAAAAAUCAAAGAUGACGAUCGGAUCAACCCAGCUCGGAAAGCCGAGGUCCUGCAGGAGCUGGACGGGCCCGUGUUAGAUAUCAGCACCCUCUUCAACCAAUACGCCGAUUCAGCCAGCUACUAUGACAUCUGCCUGCAGAUUUUCUACCUGGCCGACCACCGCAAUGCCGCCGACAUUAAGGCCACCUGGCACCACUUGAUUGAGGAUUUGCACGAAGCAACCGUCGCCCGUGGCUCCCCCGAGCCAUACGAAGCGGUGAUCGACAAGUCGUCUCCGGAUGUCGGAGACCGUGGUUCCCGUCCGCGAGCUAGUGCCGAUGCUCGAGCGGUAUUCCCUGGAGCACCAACGCGCCAUCGUCCCGCCCACUGGGUAGUUGAUCUGUUCCUAGAACUCGGCGUCGCUCACGAAUCGCUCUAUGCCGUGCUGGAGGCCAUGUUCUACACUGACGAGGCUCCAUUCCACGGCAGCAACCGUCGCUUUAUCGCCGUGGAUCUGAUCCAUCUGCUGAACAACUGGUUUUACGAGAGUAUGCGGAUGGGUGGAAUGGUGUUUGGCUCGGAUGUUGUUGCCGAACGUGUGCUGGAGACCCUCGGGCUGGUGCAGACAGGCCAGGGGACCCCCCCCGGACGUUCUGGAGGCGUGUGGAGAUCUGCGCCGAAGGGUCGAGGAGCUGCUGCGCUGAUUGCGCAAUCAUGUCAUGGAGAUUUUGCGUCACGUCAUCUAUUCUUGUACUCUUAG